CCAUGUGGCAGUGUGCCCUUUCUAGAGGAGGACAAGCAGCUUGAGGAUUUCCUGUUAGUCACAUUGCGGCUUGAAGGAAACCCCUUUCCAUUAAGGAAGACUGAUGGCCAGCAGCCCCCGCUGAAGAGCUCAGAAUGAGCACCCCUGUGGCUCCUAAGAAAUCAUAUUUCAAUCAGUUGCAGGACAACCGAAAUGGAGCAAAAAAUAAUAAUGAGAGUAUUCUAAGUCUGGGAGAUACAAAUGCCAAUCAAAUCAUGUUGGAGGUCCACACCCCUCAGGAUGAGUCUAAGACGUGUGACCUGACUGAUAAAAUUGGAAAUGCUAAUUCAAGUGAGCUGGAGCACCAUCCUCACUUCCAGAAGGAGCCUCAUCAACUUCCGGGCUUUUGGAGAGGGUCUCAGGCUGGCUCCACAAGCUCAAAAGACGUUAAACUUUCUCCUACUUUCCCUGGGGUUCUGCAUGAAGACUGUGUGAGGGAGGGAGGCACAGAUACCUCCCAGACUCCUCAGAGUGCCCAGGGGCCAAGCCUGCCAAACUGGAGGAACGUGAUGAGUGAGGCCAGUUCCGAGGUUUUGGCUAAAAAGGGGCUUGAAGCUCCUUGGCACGUUCGCAAGGACAAAUGGGCCAAGACCCUUGACAAUGAAGAGCUGAAAAGGCAUUCUUUGGAACAAGCAAGCAGCUGUGCGGCUGUGGCUGGGACCAUGGCUCUUGGAAGGCCCUAUGCCCCUGAGCCUGGGGGUCAUGUGUCCAGGUGUGGGGAGGAGCUGCAGAGGACACUGGCUGACCACUUUCCAGAGACAGUGUUUCCUCCAGCUUACAGUACCUCAGAGGCAAAGAGUGUACGUCCUCCUAAACCAUCUACCUCAGAAGCCAGGGACACCAUCCCCUCGGAGGCCCAGGUGGAGGGGGCACAUGAACUAAAUGUUUGCAAUGAGCACAAGUCACGUUCUGCCCAUCCUGAGCCUGCUCUGAAUUCCACUUUGGUGUCAAAAGAAAUCCUGAGUCAUCCCGAAGCACAAUUAGGUCAGGGAAAGGAAGAGCCGAAGCUGGAAUCAAAAUGCAUUGAACUCAGGGCUGGGGAGGAGCUAAAAUCACCCCAGGCGGGUGACCUGGGAUGUCAACAGAAAGAGAGGACGUCACUCCGAGAGAGAAAGGAGACAUGUAGGGAAGCACAUGGAGAAGCCACUAGUGCCACUAGUGGUCCAUCAGACAGCAUCUGUCAGCAUCUCAGAGUGGGAAGAUGCAGCAGUGAGGGGUCAGGAGCAGGGACAGGUGUGGAAGAGCCUUUCCAGACCACCCUCGCACAGGUCCCUGCUUCCUUGGGAGUGCCUGGUACUCAGCUAACUGGCAGAGCCUCACUAAGCACAGGAAGUAGAUUGGGUGAAAUGACAGCCGGCAGCUUUUCUCCAGAAGGUGGCCAGGUAGCCACUGUUCCUAAUGGCCUGCCUGACAGCACACCCUCACAGGUCAGUGAGGAGACAAGGAGGCUGGACACUGGGAACAGGGAUAGGGCUGUGGGGUUGGCAGCAGAUCCUGCUGUGAGAGAGCACAAGGCUGAGGUCCCUGAGUCCUUGUGUCUUCAGACUAAAAGCUCAGAAGUAGGGGAAAGCAAACAUGUGGCAACACUCAUGGCGGAACCUAAGAACCUUCUAGAAAAUGCAGCCAAGACUGUUGUGGCUCCAUCUAAAGAAGAUUCAUUUCUCAGUACCCCAGCUACCCUUCACCCAGAGACAACUGUGAAUGUGACUCACCAGCCCGCACCGCCCAGUAGCAUUUUCCAGGACCUCGAUGUGUUUAGUGUGGGUACAGGGUCACCCUCAGUGGUCCCACCCUCCACUGACAGUGUGCAGCAGGUGAACGCAUCCUCAGAAGUGCCUGACAAGAACACCUGCCCCAGUGGGAUCCCCAAGCCUGUCGUCACACAUUCCAAGGGCGCAACGUCCUUGCAGGAAGGAACGGAGAAACUUCUGGUAGAAAAGGUGGAAGACAGAACAGACACAAAGCCCAUCCUGAUGCCCAAGCCCAAGCACGUGAGGCCUAAGAUCAUCACCUACAUCCGGAGGAACCCACAGGCCCUGGGCCCGGUGGACACUUCACUGGUUUCUGUGGGUCUUCCCUAUGCCCCUGCCCAGGAGGACCGCGCAGCAAGUGAUGACCUGAAGUCACCUGCCAGCCUCUAUGAGAAAUUCAAACCCGACUUGCAGAAGCCUCGAGUCUUUAGUUCUGGACUGAUGGUGUCUGGGAUCAAGCCCCCGGGGCACCCUUUCAGUCCAGUGAGUGAGAAGUUCUUGCAGGAGGUGGCAGACCACUCUGGAAAAGAGGAAUUUUGUUCUCCUCCCUGUACGCAUUACGAAGUGCCCCCAACUUUCUAUCGAUCAGCCAUGCUCCUUAAGCCCCAGUUGGGAUUAGGCGCAGUGUCCCGACUACCUUCUGCAAAGAGCAGGAUUCUGAUUGCAAGUCAGCGGGCUUCAGCGAGUGCCAUCCACCCACCAGGACCCAUCACUGCCACGGCCAGUCUUUAUGCUCCGGAGCCCUCAGACUUAAAGAAAGCCUCCAGUUCAAAUGCUACAAAAUCCAAUCUGCCCAAAUCUGGGCUUCGUCCUCCUGGAUACUCCCGUCUUCCAGCUGCCAAGCUGGCGGCAUUUGGCUUUGUCCGGAGCUCCAGUGUCUCCUCGGUUUCCAGCACUCAAUCUGUGGACAAUGCCCAGCCGGAGGAGAGCCGACCAGUCACCCGUUCAACCUUUGGGAGUGAAGAGCAGCCAGCUCUGAAGACAGCUGUGCCUUUUAAGGACACAUCAAAGGGGGCCGGCCGGGUGGCCUCGCCAGCAUCUUCCAGUGUGACAACACCCCGUAGGAGUCUACUGCCGGCACCCAAAUCCACUUCCACACCUGCUGGAAUAAAGAAAGAAGCACAAAAAGAUCAAGAUGCGAAUAAACCUGCUGUUUCAUCUCCUAAGAGAAUAGCAGCUUCCACCACCAAGCUUCAUUCACCAGGAUACCCAAAGCAGAGGACUGCAGCCCCUCGAAAUGGGUUUGUGCCCAAGCCUGACCCUCAGGCUCGUGAGGCCGAGCGGCAGCUGGUCCAGAGGCUAAAGGAGAGAUGUGAGCGGCAGGCCCGGCAGCUCAGCCUCACUCAGGGACAACUGAGGAGGGCCAUCUGCGGCUUCGAUGCUGUGGCUGUGUCCAUGCAGUAUUUCUUUGGAAAGAAUGAAAGUGCCCUUGUGAAAGAAAAAGAACUGUCAAUCGAACUUGCAAACAUCAGGGAUGAAGUUGCCUUCAACACAGCCAAAUGCGAGAAGCUGCAGAAGGAGAAGGAGGACCUGGAGCGGCGGUUUGAGGAAGAGCUGAGGAGGAUGGGCUGGCAGCAGCAGGCCGAACUCCAGGAGCUGCAAGAGCGACUGCAGCUGCAGUUUGAGGCGGAGAUGGCACGGCUGCAGGAGGAGCACCACGGCCAGCUGCUGCAGAUCCGGUGCCAGCACCAGGAGCAGGUUGAAGAUAUUACUGCCAGUCAUGAAGCUGCGCUCCUGGAGAUGGAGAAUAACCACACAGUGGCCAUUGCGAUCCUGCAGGAUGACCAUGACCACAAAGUCCAAGAACUGGUGUCUACCCAUGAACUUGAAAAGAAAGAAUUGGAAGAAAAUUUUGAAAAACUGAGGCUGUCGCUGCAGGACCAGGUGGACACACUGACCUUCCAGAGCCAGUCUUUGCGGGACCGCGCCCGGCGCUUUGAGGAGGCUUUGAGGAAAAACACAGAAGAGCAGCUGGAGGUGGCACUGGCUCCUUAUCAGCACUUGGAAGAAGACAUGAAGAGCUUGAAGCAGGUGUUAGAGAUGAAGAAUCAGCAAAUACACCAGCAGGAAAAGAAGAUUAUGGAGCUGGAAAAGCUAGCUGAAAAGAAUGUUAUCUUGGAAGAAAAGAUCCAAGUCCUCCAGCAGCAAAAUGAAGACCUCAAAGUAAGGAUUGACCAGAACACGGUUGUCACCAGACAGCUGUCAGAGGAAAACGCUAAUCUCCAGGAAUAUGUGGAAAAAGAAACCCAGGAGAAGAAGAGACUGAGCAGAACCAACGAAGAGCUGCUUUGGAAGCUUCAAACGGGGGACCCUACGAGCCCGAUUAAACUCUCCCCCACAUCCCCAAUUUACCGAGGCUCCUCAUCGGGGCCCUCCUCUCCAGCCAGAGUCAGCACCACGCCCAGAUGAUGUCACCAUGCAGCCUGCAGGGGCUCCAGCUUCUGUCCACCCCGGGAAUGCUGACCAGGUGCCGGCAGGUGCCGGCCAGCUGCCCUGCGCGCAUGCUCAGUAGCUGCAUACCGCACCCCUGGCAGCAUCCUCUUCUGACCCCUGUGUAGACUGACCUGGUACUGGCACUUAGGAAGAUGUAAACGGUAGUCUGAUGUGCAAAAACAUUUUAUCAUAGUUAGAGCCAAAAGAAAGACAACUCCAAUUAUUCUUGAAUGACGAACUUUCACUGCAGAAUUUCAGGUUAGUUACAAAUAGCUCAGUUUUGAAUAUACAUUGAAUAAUCAUUGUGUACUGCACCAAGAUGUGUAUAUAUUUAGGUACACAUAUAUACACAUGCAGCGGUUCUGAAUUGCAUUUUUUAUAAUGUGAUGUGCUGACAUAUUUUAGUGAAGAUCAGCAGUUUUAUAAUUUGUGCCUAAGGAUUAUUGGGAAAUGAAAACGCAUUUCUAUCUAGCUUCCUAGGAAUAUUUCUACCCAAAAUAGAAAAAGGAAAAAAAAAAUCCAGAUACAGAGAAGAAGCGCCUUUCAACCUGCCACCAAGUGGUAAUCUGUUAACACAAACACCAGCGAUUUGCGAGUGGUAACUGUCUUUGGAACAAUCAGCUUCUUAGUCGACAUGAUGUGAGGUCAUUAUCAUUCCAUUCGCCACUUUUAAUUCUGAAUCCUCCUGUCGUGAGCAGAUGAAGGCUAGAAGUGGGAAACCCUAAGGAGUUGGGUAGUUUUUCUGACGUUACUCAUGACAGAAACUCAUCUGUAAUCAUGUAAACACAGUUUUGCUUUUUUCCUAAAUGGCAUCUUGGAAUCGGUCACUAAGGGAUCAUCGUGCCCUUGGGAAAACGUAGAGCAGCAGGACCUUUUACAGUGAGGAUGAGGGUGACUUGGGCAGUGACCAAGACCAUCACAUCCCAUCCUCGUGAAAGGGAGCUGCUGACCAAUAGGGUACAUAUCUGACCAGGUGCAGAGCUAGACAGCAGCCUCCAUGAUUCCAUUUGGUUUGCUCUGAGCUGAUGCUGUACGUGGUCAAGGCAUUGAAAGGUGACCCUCGGGCCCUUAUUUCAUAGGCAAUUCCCCUUCAGUUCGGUUCUACAACUCCAGCCCGUCACUGCAUAUUGAAAUGGCUCAGGGGCUUUGGCAGGGACUUCCAAACAACCACCCUUUCUGUUAGAGAGGACCAGUUCUGAAAGGGGAAAGGUCAUCACGCAACCUCUCAGAAGCUCAGCUGUACCUUCUGCUGAACGAUCAAGCAUUGUAUUUGACAGUGGUCCAUCUUGGCCCCAGACGGUUCUCCAAACAGAGGAGCCAUCGGAACAGCCGACCAGCCGUCCCGAGCUACUGGACUGGCAUUUGUCUCUGAAAUGAUAGAAUUAGAAUGUGAAAUGUAUUUAUGUAGUGCCGUGGAGGAUUAGGAGCAUGACACACAAAAGAAAAGUAGUUUUGACAGUCAGUAGGGUGAUGACGACAAUGUCUUUGUUCUCUGUAUACGACAAAGACCCCUGCACUUUCCUCCCUGAGACCUCUGAGCGUUGUCCGGAGCGCAGGCCUGCUUUGAGCAUGUCCAAGGCAAACAGAACCAUGGAGCCCGGAAGAAAUGGCCCAUGGAAGGGGUUGGCUUGCCUAAAGUCACAAGCAUGGUGACACAGGCAGACGUGGUCUGUGUACCUUACAUGACUCCAUUUGGGCCUCCUGGCUUCUCAGAUACACCUCAUUUGUAGCAAACCUCCAAGGGUCACGAGCGUUCUGGGGACAUACGCAAUACAUUCACGUGAAAGAAACAGUUCUUUUCCUUUAGUGGCUCUGCAUGAAUCUGAUAAUGAGUUGGAAAUUCUGUUAGAGUAGAUCGGGCCAUGUCAAGUAAAUACACAAUAAUUUAUUCUAGCAGGUACAACCUGCAAACACAAGUUUGGUUGUAGCUUAGCUCUCCAAAAAUUAGGACCAGCUUCUAUAACCGCACCUGCUAAAUGCAGUUACACAGCAAUACGGACUUCAGUGUGGUGUUAGCGUGUGGUAUGGUGUGUUAGGCUGUCGUGGUCCAAGUCGUAGUGAUGUUAGAACUAAGUAAUCCCUCGGUAGGUGGACUAGAGCUUUGCCCUCACUGGCCCUGACCUUGGGCACUCGAGCUAAUUUCCAUGUGGCCCUGGCUUUGUUUUUCUCAUCACGGACACCCAUCAUUUCUGGCUCCUCACGUGAGUCAUUGCUGCUCCUGAAUCACAGGGGAUGGUAGCUGCUGUACCUCCUCCUCGAUAGUCCACCCCUCCCCAUUAGCAUCUGGACCUCUCUCAGCGUAGAAAUCUGCCUGUCUCAGGCUGGCGCCCUUAUCCUAUGUAAAAGCCACAGCCUCCUUGCCCACUUCAGACAGACGUGGCAGCUGGCACCAGUGUCUUCCAUGCCCUUGGGACACCUGUGCUGGCCAGGCCCCACCCUCUGCUUGCCAUAGGCUGGGAAGAAGCUCUGGCUGGACGUCAGGAUGGGGAGGGAGCUGGCGCUCUCUGGGAUUAACAGAAUGGGUUCGUAACGCUCCUGGUUCUGUCCCUCCAGUUUCUGUACUGCAUAUUGGUGUUUAAUUCUGAAAGCUAUUAAAACGAACUUGAGGGGCUCUCUGUGAAAUCCA